AUGGAUACUAACCAGACAUUGCGAGAGUUAACGUUCUCCCUCGGUUCCGAUUCAUCGUCUGUAUAUAGCGAUGAUGAGCUGAUCUCAGAGGCUAAUUCAACUGGUACCGAAGUUCACCACCGCCGUACUAUUCUCCAGUCUACCAUCGACGGUAUGCCAAGAGAGAACGGCCAAAACUUCGAGCGGCCAUCAGAUUCGUCGCUUCGCCAAACGGGCUCGCCCCACGAUCUUAAAGAGGUCAACGACCCGUGUCUGGCAUAUUCUAACAGCUCAAGGGCUCUUUAUCGUUUCGCGACCACAGAGGAGGCACAGGAGCUUUGUCGACGAGAAGCUGGCUCUCGGCGCAGUUCGCUACAAGAUAGCAUGCCUGUCACUAAGCCGAUCAUUGAAGUUCCCGAGAUGCAGUCACCUCGCCUGCGCGCAAUACACUCUUCUCGAAAUCUUUCAGAGCUGGAGUUGACAGAUCUCAGCACUCAGAGCCAGCGCGAUGCAACUCUUCAAGCACUAUCAGGCAAUGCGCCCCAUUCGAAUGAACAGGAAGAACAUGCAGAUUUCGCCAUCACUCGCCGUCAAGGCAGAGUGGAUUGGCGUGAGACAUCGGCGAACGAUCGACCACCCCGGGCAAGCUUAUACUCAACAAAAGGUCAUGAGUAUAGUCUCGGUGAUCAUACGCGGGGUUACCCAAGUGGCGAGUAUAUCACGCAGCUUGGAGAACUGAGCCCGUCACCGGCACAGACGCGGAAAAACAGCUUGCUGAAGCGACUCUUCUGUGUAUGUUAG